CGCUGUGACUGUCCAGAAGGUGUGAAGUGUCGGUCCUGUGAUAGGAGUCACGGUAAAGCACCAAAGUGCUCAAGUGUUCGGCUUGAGGAAUUGAAAGUGAAAGGAAUUGCUGUGCCUCAAGCUUAAGUGGAUUUGAGUGGAUAAUUCAAUUAAGACAGUAAUCUCAAACAGAAAGCCGCACAAUGAUGGACAAGUUCAAGAAAUUGUCCUUCCUGUACAAGCCAUACGUGCUGGGCGUCCUCACAAUAGGGUACAUUGUGGGCGAACUGGGCCACUAUUUGAUCGGUGUCACAUCCAAACAGACCGCCAGGGAGCUCAUCUACGGAGACAUUUCAUGCCAGCUCAAUAGCACGAGCUUCAAGCUAUCGGAACUGCCCGUGCAGUGCAGCGAAGUGGAGACAGAAGAAGAGUGCAUGCUGGUGGAGAAAGAUGGAAUUCCGUACUGCGAGUGGAACUACAAUGGACUUGGCAUUGACUACCAAGUCCUCGCCGGCCCCAGCUUCAUUGCCGUCUUCACGGUCAUGGGUGUGAUUCUGGGCAUCGCGGCGGACAAGUAUAAUCGCGUGCGCAUGCUGUUCGUCUGCACGCUGAUCUUCUCCAUCGCGAUCAUUCUGCAAGGCGCUGUUAAGGAGUAUUGGCAAAUGGUAGUGCUGCGAAUGGUGAUGGCGUUGGGUGAGGCGGGCUGCAAUCCUCUGGCCACGGGCAUUAUGUCGGACAUCUUCGACGAGGGCAAGCGCGCUCUGGUCAUGGCGAUCUUCAACUGGGGCAUUUAUGGUGGCUACGGAAUCGCAUUUCCCGUGGGCAGAUAUAUCACUCAGUCGAAUCUUUUCGGCCUGAGCUGGAGGAUUUGCUACUAUGGUGCCGGAGUGCUGGGUCUUAUUCUGGCCAUUCUUACCGGAGUGACUCUCAAGGAGCCCAAGAGAUUGACAAUCGGCGAGGAAUCUUCCGGACAGGACGAGAAGAUCAGCAUCUGGCAAGUUCUCAAGCAACCACGAAUCAUUCUCCUCAUCAUUGCCUCUUCAAUCAGACACUGCGGAGGCAUGACCUUCGCAUACAAUUGCGAUCUCUACUACACCAGCUACUUCCCGGACGUGGACCUCGGGUGGUGGCUGUUCGUCGUGACGGUCGGAAUUGGGAGCAUCGGCAUUGUCGUGGGUGGCGUCGUAUCGGACAAGAUAGUGGCCAAGAUGGGCGUUCGCUCCCGUGUGGCCGUCCUGGCCAUUAGUCAAUUGAUUGCCGCCCCAUUUGCCUUCGGAUCAGUUUACUUCGAACCCCUGUGGGCAAUGAUAACACUCGGCAUAAGUUACUUCUUCGCUGAAAUGUGGUUUGGCAUCGUAUUUGCAUGCCUGGUGGAAAUUGUGCCGAUGGGCGUUCGAUCGACCACUGUUGGCAUCUUCCUUUUCGUCAUGAACAAUGUCGGGGGAAAUCUUCCCAUUCUCGUGGAUCCCGUCGCCAAGGCCAUCGGCUAUAGAGAGUCCAUUUCCAUCUUCUACGCCGGAUUUUACCUGAUAAGUACUCUGCUGUUUUUCAUCACCAUCUUCUGGAUGGAGGGGCCGAAGAAGGACGCAUCGCCGCCGAGUCCGCGACGAGACUCCAGCCCCAGGGAUUACGGGCACGAUAACAACACCUUUAGCACGGCCGAUGAGACAAAUCUCGCCACGCUGAGAGCCAAUGGACACACCAAUUACGGCCUCCGCAAUGAGAACAGCAGACUGUGAUUGUUAAAGAGAAUUGAAGGAAUCUCACACAAAAUUAUCACGCAAAAUGACACAAUUUAAAUUUUUCAAUAAA